AUGGGUGGUACUCUUGAUGCUUUCGAGCGUGAGGAUGUUCGAAAGAGAAGAACGAACGAUAUUGAAAUCGAAAAACAGAAAGUACUUGAUGAACUAGAAGAAAAAAAACGAUUAGCAAUAAGUAAUGAAGAACGUGAAAAGUUGAAGUAUGAACAGACUAAAGCCAAAACUGAAUUUGAGCUAGAAAAAGCAAAAUUAAUACUUUCAUUUCAAACAGAAGUCGGAAAAAUUCAAGCAGAAAUCCUUCGAGCAAGAAUUACAGCUCAAUCAUCCUUAUACGAAAGGUUUAUUCAUUUUAUGGAGAAAACAUUGGCAAUAAACACAGCUUUGCUUGAACAAAAAACACAAUUAUUUGAACUCUCUCUCAAUAAAGAAGGUCCAAAGGCAGAUGCAAUUUUUGAAACAGCACAGAAAAUCGACAUUUUGAACGCUCAACAGUUAAUCGAUCUUGGCUCCGAAAAAGUCCGAGAAUUGAAUUUACAAAACUCUGAUGAAAUCAAUGUUUUAUCAUCGAGAUUGGAACACAUUUUCACAACAAUCAUUGGUCAUUCGAACAAUGGUGCUGCUGCGAUCACUCAUCCUGAAAAUGAUUAA